AUGGCAGCCCGCACCCAAGUCCUCCACCUCUACCGCCGCUCCCUCAAACUCUCCCUCGACUGGGCCGUCCACAGAUACAUCUGGCGCGGCCAGGCCAUGUACAUCCGCGAACUCUUCGAAGCGAACAAGCACGUCACGCAACCCAGACAGCAGAGGUUAUUGAUCGAGCAAACGGAAGAGUUAUUGGAGAAAUGGAAGCAUCCGGAUCCUUAUCGACCACCCACUGCUCCUGGUGGAAGCAAAUAUGAGCGGAAUUUGCCUGCUCCUAUCUUGGAUCCACCGCCGCCACAAUUUCAUUUAUAG